GAAUGGUUCGAGACCCUACGCUGUCCCACUGCCGAGGAGGAGGAUGCCUUCUUCGACUUGCGCCCAAAGGCCUGGCGCGCGAGGUCGGCGUCAGCAGCGGAAAAGUACGGUCUGCGAUCCCGCGGCUACCGCCAGGGCACGGGAUCUUACGGCCAGGGAUGUGAGGAACCCUCCUCCGAGUGGCACAAGGACCUUCGGCCCUUGCACAAGUGCGUCUUCGUAGUGAUCAUGGAGCGCUUGCAGCUUCCGCCUGGAGCACUGGUGCUCGACUGGGGCGCAGGCUGUGGACAUAAGCUCACCUGGGCUGCGCAGCUCUACGACCUCCGGGGCGUCGGGAUUGACAUCGUGCCAGACAACAUCAGAUGGGCACGGGAGCACUCCAUGGGGAUCUUCUGCCAAAUGGAUGGCCGCUUUCUCUCCUGGAUCUCGGAUGACACCCUCGAUGCGGUGAUCUCCUACGCCGCGCUAAUGCAUCUGGAGCCCGACGACCAGUGCCUCACCGUGCUCACGCUGGUGGAGAAGGUGCGCGUUGGCGGGCGGCUGUGGUUUGGCUG